UAAACAUACAUUGAUUACCAUUUAGAAGAUAUCAGAGAAAUGGAAGCCACAAUCACAAUGGGUUCAAAGAUUGCUUCUCUUGUGCUCAGAGUUGUCACUUUCGUUUUCCUCUUCAUUUCCAUCAUAGUGUUGGCCACCAAUUCCCAAGGCAAUAUUCAUUUCCAUAAUGUCAAUUCCUAUAGGUUUGCGAUGGCAACCAUCAUUAUUGGAGGUGCAUUCAAUCUCUUGCAAAUUGCCUUGUCCCUUUAUUAUAUCAUAUCCAAAAGCCACGGCAAUCUUUUAUUCUAUUUCUACGGUGACAAGGUUUUGUCGUACGUUCUGCUGUCGGGAGCUGCGGCGGGACUGGGUGGCGGCAUAGAUUUGAAUGCGAAUAUUGAAGGGAUGGGGUCGUUCUUCGGGAAGGGCAAUGCGGCGGCGGCUCUUCUGCUGAUUGCGUUUCUUUGCAGUGCUGCCAUCUCAAUUCUUUCCUCUCUGGCCCUCUCCAACAAACCUAAUUAAAAAUAAAUGUACUCUCUUUUUUACUAGGAAAAUUAUACCAUCUCUUUUUUCUUGAUUUAUUUUUUGCAAUUUACCUUUUAAAUUACUUGGCUGUGCGGUAUGAGUUUUAGCAUUUUCCUUUGCAGAAGAAGUGAAGUAAAGAUUUGAUUUUGUUUCUC